AUGUCGUCCACCAGCAACGCCUCCAUUGACAAGUUCAACGGAGACAAUUACGCAACGUGGAGCUGGUACAUGUGCGGUGUGUUUUUGACGAAGUCCGUCUGGCACGUCGUCAACCGUGAAGUGACUCCGACUUUCGCGGACCCGCGAGCGUCCGAUGACUACGUCAAAGCAAGCAACGUCGCGUUUGGUAUGAUGCUGCUGCACAUGAACGCGGACUACCAUCAUGUGCUGGACAACUGCGAGGAAGCCUGGGUUGCGUGGACAAGUCUGAAGACGCUGUACGGUGGGUCGCAGAAGGCAGGACGCAUCUACCUCAAGCGACAACUUUUCAGUAUCAAGAUGGCUGAAGGCGCGAACGUCAUGCAUCACUGCAACGAGGUCCUCAACAUCUCCGCCAAGCUUAGCGGCAUCGGUGCGAAGAUGGAAGACGAAGACGUUGCGAUCUGUCUGCUACUCAGUCUUCCGAAGAGCUACGAAAAUGUGGUGCUCAACAUGGAAAUGAGCAGCACCGAGCUUUGCACUCAAGAUGUGGUGAGAGUCCUGACGAAUGAGAAUGCCAAGCGUCAAGGAGAAAAAGGGACAACGACAGCGAAUACGACAAAGCAGAAGAACGAGAUCAAGGGCCCAAGACGCGGCGGCAAUGGUCGUCGACGCGGGUCAAACAAUGUCCAGUGGAGACAUCAUGAUGAAGGCAAUGGCUACGAUCGAGUGGCGUUUGCAGUCUCGUUCGAAUGUGGAGUUUCGACGAGCAAGGACGUGUCUGGAAUGUGGGCCGUCGACAGUGGUGCAACGCACCACAUUUGCCACGACAAGACCAAGUUCGCAAGUUUGGCAGAGCGCAAUGAGGGCGAACUCUUGGUGGCUGAUGGCAACAAGAUGGCCAUCAAGGGUGUGGGAACCAUCAUGGAAAAGGUGGUUCUGCCCAACGGUGAAGAGCGUGAGAUCGAAAUCAAGAACGCGCUAUAUGUUCCAAGUAUGAGCAAGAACCUGCUCUCGGUGCCACAGAUUAACAGCCAUGGCAAGUUUCAAGUCGUGUUUGACGGGUCCAAGAUGUAUGUAACUCUCAAGAACUCACAGCAAGUGGUGGCGACAGCGGAUCUCGUGGAUGGACUCUACUGGCUUCGGACGACUCAACGAUCAGCGAAUGUGACAACAAGUGGAACCAGUUGUGCCGAUCUACAUGCGAGAAUGGGUCAUGAUCCAGUCGAUGUACUUCGCAAGAUGAUCGCGACCAACAUGAUCAAGGAUGUGCGAGUCCCUCUCAACAACCGAGACAAGCGCAGCUACGAUACGUUUGAGCUACUUCAUCUGGACAUCUGCGGGCCCAUGGAAAAGGAUUCGCUCGGUGGCAGCAAAUAUUUGCUGCUGAUCAUCGACGAAGCCAGUGGAUGCAUGAAGUGCUUUUGUCUGCGAGUGAAGUCCGAGAGUGAAGACUACAUCCGGAAAUAUAUUACCAUGGUACAGACGCAAUUCUGUAAGAAGGUCAAGUUCGUGCGACACGACGGAGCUCGCGAGUUUGCAAACAACUCGCUUCAACUGUUCUACGAAGACGAAGGCAUUGAACAGCAGACAACGGUGCCGUAUGCACAUCAAACAAACGGAACAGCAGAGCGUGCCAUUAGGACUAUUGUCACGAUCGGCCGCAGCAUGCUUCAUCAUGCCAAACUGGACAAGUGUUUCUGGGCCGAAGCAGCGAUGACGGCCAUCUACGUCAAGAAUCGACUGCCGUCACCCAAAGUUGUGCACAAGAUCCCGUUUGAGAUCGUGUACAACUCCAAGCCAAGUGUCAAGCACAUGCGAGUAUUCGGCUGUCAGACAUUUAUACUGACUCCGAAGGAGAAGCGACUCAAGUGGGAUCCAAAGGCUCGCGCUGGCAUAUUCGUGGACUACGAAGAAGUUUCGAAGGCAUAUCGUGUUUAUGACAUCGAGGCGGGGCAGGUGGUUAUCAGCCGCGAUGUCAACUUCGACGAGUCCACCUUUGGACUUCAACUGCCGAUCACUGAUGAAGAUGUCGAUGACCUGGACUUCGAAUUGCUGGAUCUUGAUGACGAAGAGCUGCGUCAAAUGGAGUACAAGCAAACAGGCAAGCGCAAGAACCGACUCAAUGAUGAAGAUACAGCAGCUCCACGACCGCGUGCAGUGCGUCAACGACCAGGACUAGAAGAGUCAAGCGCGCCAGAAAACAACUCGCAACGCCAAGAAGAAGACGAAGAAACGAAGGAUUCUGGUGAUUCAACACCGCCUGUGUUUUGGCGUGCGAGUGCAAAUGCCGUUGAAGCAGCAGUGGACUUAUCAGAGCCCUCAACAUUUGAAGCAGCAGUAAGCGGCCCUGACCAAGUGCACUGGAGAAAAGCAAUUCAUGCAGAGCUCGAGUCAAUGCGACUUCGCGGUGUGUUUCGUGCAGCCAAGCUGCCCAACGGACAACGCGCCAUUGGCACAAAAUGGGUGUUCAAGAUCAAGCGCAAGGCGGAUGGGUCAAUCGAGAAGUACAAGGCACGACUUGUGGCCAAGGGUUUCCGCCAAAAGUAUGGCAUCGACUACACGGAGACUUUUUCGCCUGUGGUCAAGUAUGUGACGCUGCGAAUGGUGAUCGCAAUUUCCAAGCAUUUUGGAUGGCCCAUCGACCAGCUUGAUGUGGUGACAGCUCUCCUGUAUGGCGUCAUGAAGGAACAAGUGUUCUGCGCGAUUCCUGAAGGCGUCGAACUUGACAGUACGUUCGACUGCCUGGAAUUAAUGAAGUCAAUUUACGGCCUCAAGCAAGCGUCGCGAGUGUGGAACGAGACGUUCGACGAGUAUGUGUGCUCCAUCGGAUUUCAAGUAUCGGACUUCGACCCAUGUCUCUACAUCAAGACUUCGGACGGCCAUUGCGUGUUUAUACUGGUCUACGUGGAAGACGUCUUGGUGACUGGAAGCUCGCUCGAGCUGAUUGCACAAACCAAGAACGACCUGAAGACGCGGUUCGAGAUGACGGACAGCGGCAAGUGUGCGUUUGUUCUUGGGAUCGAGCUUUUGGACGAUGAAGAUGGCAGUGUGACACUAUGUCAGCGUCGGUAUGUCGAUGAUAUCCUCAAGCGCUUUGGCAUGGAUGAUUGCAAGGCAGUCGCAAGUCCAGUCGACAUGAGCUCUCGACUUGUUUCAAGUGAUGCAACUACCAAGGUCGAUGCUCCUUUUCGCGAAGCUGUUGGUGCGUUGAUGCACCUGACCACUGCAACGCGUCCGGACAUUGCGUUUUCUGUGGGCUAUGUGUCGCGGUUCAUAGAAAAUCCCCAAGAAGAACACUGGGUUGCAGUUAAGCGUAUCUUUCGCUACCUACAAGGCACCAAGACGCAUGGAAUUUGCUACAAGCCAAGUGCAAGGAUCGACUUCCGUGGAUAUUCGGAUGCGGAUUGGGCUGGUGAUCUUACCGACCGCAAGUCAACAUCGGGGUACACGUUCGUCUACUUUGUGAGAUCGUGA